GCCAAUGGAGCCUGCGCAGAGCUUUCAGUUGUGACUUAUCAGAAUCCAGGCUGGAGGAAAGGAAGGAGAGAGGUUCAUAUCAACAGACAGCUGAGCACUUCGGCAUUUUGGUACACUUCUGAUUUACUGGCAAGUUAGAGAAAAGAGAGGAAACUAACUGUGUGCAUUGGCCUCCAACAGCAAUUCUAAUCCAACAAUGGGAGUUCAGCCUGAAAACAGCAAAGCUCCAGGCGUCAGCAGUAGCCCCAAAAGUUGUCGCACCUGUUACCGGAACAUCUUUUGCAACAUCAAGGUGUUUGUGAUUUGCCAUGGCCUCCUCCAGUUAUUCCAGCUUCUUUACAGUGCUAACUUCAAGAGCAGCUUGACCACCAUUGAGAAGCGCUUUGGGCUCUCCAGUCUCUCUUCCGGCUUCAUCUCCAGCCUGCAUGAGAUUGGCAAUGUCGCCCUCAUCAUCUUCGUCAGCUACUUUGGCAAUCGAGUUCACCGCCCCCGGGUUAUCGGCUUGGGGGGCCUGCUGCUGGCUCUGGGGGCUUUCCUGGUGACCCUUCCACACUUCCUCUCUGACCGGUACGAGUUUGCCCAAAUGAACACGGGUAACAACAAUCACACCAAGGCCUAUCUCUGCCACAAGGAGGAUAUGUUUGUGUGUCCCAGCACCACCCAGGACCCCCACAAAGAGGCAACCAGCAUGUGGACAUUGAUGGUCAUUGCCCAGCUGUUAGUUGGGAUUGGAACUGUUCCCAUUCAGCCCUUUGGGAUCUCCUAUGUGGAUGACUUUGCUGAGGCAAACAAUUCUCCGCUGUAUAUUGCAAUCCUGUUUUCCAUCGCUGUGUUCGGCCCGUCUUUUGGAUACUUGCUGGGGUCCGUGGUGCUGCGGCUGUUUGUGGACAUUGGGAGACCUGACGUGAAUCUCAUGAAUCUGACACCACAUGACCAACGCUGGAUUGGAGCCUGGUGGCUGGGGCUGCUCAUCUCUUCAGGCUGCCUGCUGCUCACCUCCAUUCCCUAUUUCUUCUUCCCUCGGUACAUGUUGAAAGGGCAGGGCAGUUAUGGGGAAUGGAGACAAGGGAAGAUGGACAGCAUGUUGGCCAUUCUGGAUGCGGGUGCUGAGGCAGACAUGCUGAAGAAGAUGGAGAAGGCAAAGGCUGAAGAAGUCUCCCUGGCGGAGUUCAUUAAAAAAUUCCCUCGGAUCUUUCUCAAGCUGCUCCUGAACCCCCUCUUCAUCCUCCUGGUCCUGGCUCAAUGCAGCUUCUCCUCAGUAAUAGCUGGUCUCUCCACCUUCCUCAACAAGUUCCUGGAGAAACAGUAUGGCACCACCUCUUCCUAUGCCAACUUCCUCAUUGGAGCUGUGAACCUGCCCGCGGCCGCACUAGGGAUGCUUCUAGGAGGAAUUAUCAUGAAGCGCUUUGGCUUCUCCAUCAAAGCCAUCCCACGGUUUGCACUGGUGGUGCUCCUCAUCUCCAUCCUCUGCUGCCUCCCCCUCUUCUUCAUGGGCUGCCCUACACAGACCAUUGCUGGGGUUUAUCCACCCAGUACAUCAAGUUCCCAAUCACAAGCUAAGUGCCCCACUGGGUGCUCCUGCUCAGAGUACCUCUUUCACCCAGUCUGUGGAGACAACAACGUGGAGUAUAUCUCCCCCUGCGAUGCUGGCUGCACGGAUUCCAUUGUUAAUUCCUCCACACCCACGCAAGUGAUCUACGUGAACUGCUCCUGUAUCCACACCAAGAAUGGACAGUCCUCAGCAAAGACAGGUUCCUGUCUGGUCAGCUGUUCCCAUUUACUCCUUCCUGUCGUAUUCCUCAUCUCAUUUGCUGCCCUGGUAGCCUGCCUGUCUCACAAUCCCCUCUACAUGAUGGUAUUACGGUUGGUGAACCAGGAUGAAAAGUCCUUUGCUAUUGGAGUCCAGUUCUUACUGAUGAGACUGUUAGCCUGGUUGCCUGCUCCAGCUCUCUUUGGUCUCAUCAUUGACUCCUCCUGCCUCCACUGGAAUAAGCAAUGCAGCAAGCGAGGAUUCUGCGCCUACUACAACAAUGACUUCCUUCGUAGCAGAUACAUAGGCCUCCAGAUGGGGUAUAAACUCCUUGGCAUUCUGCUGCUAGUCAUCAUCAACUGGCGGGUGAAGAAGAACAAGGAAUACAAUGUGCAAGAGAAGGCAGCUGGCCUGGUCUAGCCGUGCCCUGCAAAUGGACCCACGAGCUCACCCUUCCUAGCCUAUCCAUAUUUACUACCAGUACUUAGUCUUUUAGUUGUAUUUUGUAAGAAAACAACUCCAUAUUAGCGGCUGAUCUCUGAGCUCCAGAAUGCAAAUUGCUCUGUAACCCAGCUAUGCAGACCAUGGCCAGAAAUCUUUGCACUUCCGAGGAGGGAAAUGGAGAACAAACUGGACUUUCAGGGGCCAACCGUUUACCAUAAAUGGCCAAUCAGUGUUACAAAGCAAAGUGCCCCCAAGGGGUGCCAGUGUGGAUUUCCCAGGACAUGUGGAAAAGAAGAGCCAGUGGCUGAGAACCCAUUUAGGAUCCGAGAGUAAGGUGUUCUCUGGCAGAGUGUCACGCAUCCCCAAAGAAAAGGGGAUUUUCUUUUCGUUUUCCAAAGGAGAAAUAGAAGAGGGGUCUGGCCUGUGGGGAGGAGCCCCUGGACUGCCCCAAGAGCAUCUAUCCUCUUGGAAGACUUUGAACAUGCAGGAAUGGCAAGUGGGAAAAAUUCUACUUGGGGUAAAUCUGUUACAGCUGCGAAAGCCGUGUGUAUAGGCUGGGGAAGGGGGACAAGGAGCGAGAGCCCUGUCCCACCACUCCAGAAAUUCCUGUCCACCCACUGUGUCUGUGAAAGAGCUUGCUUCAGUCCAAUGUAUUCUAUCCCAUGCCAUGUACGUUAUGCCUGCCCUGGCGGGGGGACCAGAGGAGGGAGUGGCAUUAGCAUCAAAGAAAUGUAUAGUCUCUGCUCAGAGAUCUUUUCCCCUCCACCUCACACACAGGCCAGCAUGGACACAGGUAGAUGAACUGUAUGAAGUUAGUGCUAGUAGUUUACUGUGCAAUGUCAUGUUUUUAAAUAAAACCCAUGUUUACUA